AUGGGCUCCCCAGCAGAGUCCUGGCCCCUGGGCACAGGGGACAACCGAGAGAGCAGCCCCCACCAAGAGGCCGGGGAUGAAGAAGUGAGCAAGAGGUACGGGGGCUUCACGAGAGGCCUGAAGCGGAGCCCCCAACUGGAAGAUGAAGCCAAGGAGCUGCAGAAGCGCUACGGGGGCUUCAUGAGAAGAGUGGGCCGCCCCGAGUGGUGGAUGGACUACCAGAAGAGGUACGGGGGCUUCCUGAAGCGCUUCGCCGAUUCUCUGCCCUCCAACGAAGAAGGUGAAAGUUACUCCAACGAAGUUCCUGAAAUGGAGAAACGAUAUGGAGGAUUUAUGAGGUUUUAAUGCCCUUUCCCAUCAGCGACCCCGGGCCCCAGCAAGCCUUCCUCCAUCCCCCAGUGAGAGACUGCCUCGCUAAUCGUGUUCUGUUGCCAUGUGUUGCCUGCAUUAUAUAGCUGACUUUAUUGUCUGAAUAACUACAUGACCUGAAAGCUCUCUUUUCAGGUUCUGUGAUCUUUUGAGAGUCUGUAAGCUCAGUAUUGGUCUGUGGCAGCUGUCUCGUUUUCGUGCUAAAAUAGUUUUUUGUCACCUUGUCCAUUAUUUUUGACAACACGCCAAUAAAUGCUUACUUGUUUAUGCAUAUAAUAAACCCAUUACCCUGAAUGCAUAA